AUGUCCCAAAACCCAACAAUCCUCCUCAUCCACGGUGCCUGGCACACACCCACCCACUACGAACCCUACACCACAGCCCUGAAAAACGCAGGCUUCGAAGUCCACUGUCCACACCUACCCACCUGCACCGGCAAGUCCCCCCCAACAGCAACCUUCACCGACGACGUCUCCCUAAUCCGCCAAACCCUGCACUCCCUCACCACAGCCGGGAAACAAAUCCUCCUGGUCAUGCACUCCUACGGCGGCUGCGUCGGCACCGACGCAGCCCAAGACUACAUAUACCCCGUCACUUCCACCUCCGAGCCCCCAACUUCUAUUCCCACUUCCAACCCCGAAGAGAAACGAAACCAAAAAGGAGGAAUAUUCCACCUCCUCUACCUCAGCGCCUACAUCCUGCCACCCGGAUCCUCAAUCCAAACCAUCAUGGAUAAAGCCGGCGUCAACGAGGAUCUCUGGGCCCAGUACAUGGACGAUGAUGAAGAUGGGUUGACAAUGCCCCGGGAUCCCGGGUUGUGGUUUUAUGGGGGUCUGGACGAGGGGACGGUAGAGAGGUGUGUGGAGCGUUUGGUGAGGUUUCCGGUGAGGGUGCUUAGGGAGAAGACGGGUGGGAAUGUGUGGCGACGGUGUCCUGUUACUUAUGUUCGGACGGAGAGGGAUUAUGCUGUGCCGAAGGGGUUUCAGGAUCUGAUGCUUGAGGGGGUUAAAGGGGAGGGAGUUGAGGUUAGGGUUUUGGGGUUUGAGGCUUGUCAUAGUGUUUUUUUGACGAAUGUUGGGGAGAUGGUGGGGGUUGUUGAUGGGAUUGUCAGGGAUUGGAGGGGUGGGUUGUAG